AUGGCGGCUCCUGUAAGAACUAUACAACGAAAAGCUUUAGGAAGAGGUGCAGUUAUUGGAUCCUUAUACGAUGCUACAAAAGAUAUUUUUUGUAAAACUUCAAUAUUGAAGACUGAAUUACCACCUAAUUCUAUAAACCGAAUUUAUGUUCCUAACACUAGUAUAACAUAUGAAUGUGAAGAUUCAUACUUGGAUAAAUUUAAAAAUUUAGAAGUUGAAUCUCAACUAAGAAUAAGUGUUCUUCUAGGUUUAGUCGCAUUAGAUGGAUCUGGAAAGUAUUUAGAUGAUAUAAAAACAAGUUGUAGAUCUGUAAAAGGUACACUAGUAUACAAAAUGACUUCGGUUGAAGAAACUCUUGAUAUUUAUCAUGAAAACGUUAAACCAUGUAUUUCAAUGGAUGCUUUUAAUACUCCAGAAGCUACGCAUGUGGUAAUAGGCAUAAAGUGGGGGGCUGCUGUUGUGACAUCAUUUGAGCAUGAAGAUACAAAUAAGGAGAAAAGAUCUCAAGUAGGUGGAGAAUUGAAGGAUAAUCUUAAGAAAAUGUUGUCCUCAAUUUCUGCAGGUGCAGGUGUACAUGUAAACGUUGAAAAGGGUUCAUAUAAUACCAUUAACCGCUUCUCAAUAAAACUAUUAGGAGACAUUAUUCCCCAUAAGAUUCCUCAAUCUUUUGAAGAUGCUAGAGAACUUUUGUCAAAACUUCCAUCAUAUAUUAAAAAAUAUAAUAAUGGCAAAGGAGUUCCAAUAGAAUAUUCUCUAUAUCCGCUAUCAGAACUCUCUAAAAUAUUAUUGCAAAACUCUUAUAUCGAUCGUAUGAUAAUAGAUUUAAGCGAAGAAACUAUUCAAAGAGUAGAUAGGAUUUUUAUUGAUUUAUUCAAAUCUAAGCAAGAACUUAAUGAUUUAUAUAAUGAUGCAAAAUCUAUUGCCUCAUUCAUACCUGAUGAACUAUUUGAUGAAAUUAAUAAGCAUGUACAAGAAGUUAAUUUAGAAGAAACGCGAUUCAGACGUAAACUCUCAGAAUGUCUUAUAAAUAUACGCUCCGGCAAAGAUAAUCUCAAUGAACUUGAAAAUAAUAUUAAAGAAUUUCAACAAAGCAACUUAUCAGAAACCUCAAUCACAUCAUUUAUUAAGAAAUAUAAAUCAGAGCCGAGCAAAUUUUUUAUAGUUGAUCCUACAAUAUGCUCAGGGGCAGACAGACUUAAUCAUCCAGUCAUUCAUCAUUAUAUUAACGGACGUCUAAAUAGUAGUGACUAUUAUAAUGACAAAAAAAAGUUAUUCACGUCAAACAUUAUUAAAUUCAAUACUUUACCAAGCAUUAAGCCAAACAAUCAUCCUAAUAAGAAUGAGCGUCUAAGGGUACCUUGCCCACGUUCAUUAACCGAUGAUUGUUCAUGCUUAAAAUGUGAAUGGAUAUGUAUCAGAUGUGAACAAUAUAUUGAAUAUGGGUAUAAUAAACAUUUAUAUUGCGAGUGUGGGGAAAGUAAAAUCGAUUAUUGUAAAUUUAAAUGUAGCAGUUCACGUCACACCGGUGGUUAUAUCCUUUAUGACCAAAAUAAAUUGGUUGAUUUUUUACCAUCAGUUGCUCCUAGAGAAGAAAUAAACAUAUUAUUGCUUGGUGAAACUGGUACAGGAAAAUCCACGUUUAUAAAUGCAUUUGCAAAUUAUUUUAAGUUUAAUAGUUUAGAAGAUGCAAUUUCUGGUGAAUUAGAUAUAUUGAUUACAUCUAAAUUUACGAUAACAAACGAAGAUUAUGACAUGAAACUGAUAACGGUAGUUAGUGAAGAGGAAGACGAAAAUGAAGUAAUAGAUUGUGUAGGAAUGUCAUCUACUCAACAAUGUGGUAUCUACGUAUUCCAUGCGGAUGAAAACAAAGUUAUAAGAUUGAUCGAUACGCCUGGGAUAGGAGAUACUAGAGGGAUUGAAUAUGAUAAAAAAAAUUUUGAAAAUAUCUUAAAGAAUAUAAGUCAACACGACCAUCUGGAUGGGAUCUGCAUACUUCUUAAACCUAACGACUCACGACUGAAUAUAAUAUUUAGAUUUUGCAUACAUGAAUUAUUAUCACAUCUUCAUAAAAGUGCUAAGGACAAUAUUGUCUUCUGCUUUACUAAUACCAGAGGAACAUUCUUUUGCCCAGGAGAUACAUUACCAGUGCUAAAGAAACAACUCCAGGAACUUGAAAGAAAAUCGGGUAUUGAAAUGACAAUUUGCAAAAAUACAUCAUAUUGUUUUGAUAACGAUUCAUUUAGAUUUCUAGCAGCAAUUAAAAACGGUGUCUCAUACUCAGAUAAAACAAAGGAAAACUAUGCACUUAGUUGGGAAAAUUCUGUAAAAGAAUCAGUGAGACUUCUUCAAUACAUUAUAGAUCGUACACCCCAUAAAAUAAAUGAUACUAUAUCGCUCAAUAAUGCCAGGCAAACAGUGAUGAUGCUUUGCGAACCUCUUGCAGAAAUAGAUCGAAAUAUCCAAGAAAAUAUCGCUGAAGUUAAUAAACUAAAAAAAGAAAUACAAAAAGCUGACAUAACUGAUGAAGAGCUUAGGAGUAAGCUGUAUAUUCCACGCAUAGAGCUUAAGACGAUAUCAUUGGAACGACCUAGAGUUACAUGUACAAAUAUUAUUUGUCAAAAACAAAGCAUCGAUAUAUCAAUGGGCAACUGCCAUGUUAAAUGGAAAACAUUAAAUACAUUUAUGCUAAAGUAUAAUGGUUCUAUGAUGUUUGGGAAGUGUAAAUCCUGUGAUUGUCCUGCGAAAAGUCAUAAAACUAACUUUUAUAAGAGCAUUUCUAAAUAUUCAAAAAAAAUUGACGAAAAUAUUGAAAAUAAAAUUUCUGAAAAUAAAAUAAAUCAAAUUGACAAGCUAGAACAUAUAGAAAUGCUUCAAGAACAGAUCAAUCAGCUCAAAGAACAACAGAAUACAGUCAAUGAAAUUGCAAUCCAGUUUACACAAUUCCUAAUGCAAAAUGCAAUAGCUGCUUUCAAUGAUGCAUAUGUGGAAUAUCUUGAUUAUAUUAUACAUCUUGAAAGAGAAAAAUAUAAUACUUUUAAAGAUUACAAUCAUAAAAUCCUUGAAGGGCUAGAAGAAAUAAAAAUAAAAUAUGAUGAGAGGGUGAACAUUCUUAAAAAGAAGAUUGAAAAUAAUGAUCCCUCUUCAUGCACACUAUCUUCUGAAGACAUAUUUAAACUUGAACAACAAUUAUAUAGCUUACCAAGCAUCGGUCAAUAUUUACAAGCUAUUAAAAAAGAAGAGGAAAUAGCAUUCAGGUAUCGAGAAAGACAUUAUAAGCUUCAUAGAAACGUUCUGAAUGCCUUAACAAAGAUUUUUAAAAACUCAUAG